UUUAAAUAAUCAGCAGAGACAAAGAAUCAGAAUGAUUGCUAGAAAUUUAAGACGUGUAGCUGACAAUUUGAACAGCAGAAGAAUACGUGCAUUGUCAGAAGCUGAACGUGAAAAUCAGCUUCAAGGUUUAAAUGAAGAUGAAAGUAGAGUUAUGAGAAAUAUUUAUUCUGAUGGCUUUAGUGUUUCCAGAGCUGUUGAACAUUUGAGUAACUGUUUAACGUUUCGCACAAUGCGAGCUGCGCUGCAAUUCGUCUCGCGCACUGGACAAACCAUUACUGAAGAAUUAGCUAUGGCAUGUGAAUUAACCACUUCUCUUGUACGACGUUUCUGGUCACAAAAUAGAACUUUUUCCAAUGCAAUAGUAGAAGUAAUAGAUGACUUUAUUGCAGAGCGACUAGACUUGGCUUUGUGUCAAGCAAGUAAUAUUGCAAAUUCAAGAUAGGAUAAAGCAUUGGAGAAUUGAAGAUCGUUCAGCAAUUCCCAGCAGUCCAUCCCUGGAAGCUGUUGCCCAGUUCCUGCUCCUGACUGGACAUGACUGCUUGGCAAAGUACCUCCAUUGCAUUAGAAUCUUUUCGAACCAUGGCUGUCCUCUCUGUAAUUCAGCAAAACUAGUGAAUAGAGACCACUUCCGUCAAUGUCUGUCAUUUCUUGGAAACUCUGAAAUAUUGCUUUACUGGUGUAUUAGAGAACUUUUGAGGCAAUGACUUGGUCACUUUUAAUGUUCUUUUGUAUUUGCCUUGUCAUUAGUAAUAAUUUUUUUUUUUUUUUUUUUUUUGGUUAGUGAUCUGGAGAUUAGAUCAUUUCAGACUUUGUACUGCAAUACUGUAAAUUUUGUUAUUGGAAAUUAUCCAUAAAUAAAAUCAUGAAAACAAAAGCGACAAACAUACAAUAUUUUACAACUUUUCCCCAGCAUGCAAUUUUCUGUUGCUAAAGGACAUUAUGAUUGUAAACAUAUAAAUUUUAUCACAUGUGCAUAAUGCUUUUACAUUUCAAAAUUAAUUUUCAAACUGCACAAAGUAAUGUGUUUCACUGAAAUGAUCUGUAGAAAUAUUACAGUUACAUCUGUUUGAAGUAUUUAUACUGUUGAUAACAAGUGAGCAAUUUUCAGAACAUGAUGACAGUUUAUUUUUGUCAAAAUGUUUUACAUAAUUUCUCUAUAACAUUUUAUUUUAUAAAACUUUUAAAGCCUUUCAAUUUUUAGAUUUGUUAAUACAAUUAAUCAAAACACA